AUGGAUGAGGAAAAGGAUGAAUUCUACAACCAGCUGCAGGACACUGUUUCAGGCUGCAACAGAAAUGAUAUGAUUGUGGCGAUGGGAGAUUUGAAUGAUAAGGUAGGCAACAACAAUACCAACAGGGAGGAGGUUAUGGAGAAGUUUGGCGUUGGUGUUAUGAACGACAAUGGAGAGAGGUUAUGUGACUUCUGUAGUGCAAAUGGGUUAAUCAUAACUGGAACAAUCUUCCCUCAUAAAGACAACCAUAAGCUGACCUGGAGGUCACCAGAUGGGAGGACAGUAAAUCAGAUUAACCCGUGUUUUACUGAAUGGAAACAUGAGAACAUCAGGGUAAUGAAAGAAUACCAGAGUAAUGAAAGGAGAACGUAUAUAGUGACCAUCACCUUGUGA